CUCCACGCAGAAUCGCGCAAUCAAGCUCCCCUCGACACGUGCAAAAGGGACAAUUUUAUCGCAGGGGAUAAAACAGCUGUUAGCAAGCAAUAACAGCGCAAUCGCAAAGCAGUGGCAAUACGUAUAACAUUGCUGUCUAAUUACUGCUCGGCUCUAGCCAUGUCUCAGGCGCCGCCUGGUGCGACAUCGGCCGCGACCCCUCAUGGAGGCAAUGUGGGCGCCUCGGCUUCAGGCUCCGAGAAAAACGCGAGGCCGAAGGUGCGCAGCUGUGUGGUGUGCAGGAGCCGCAAGGUCCGCUGCGACAAACAGUCGCCAUGCUCCAACUGCCGUCGGGCGAACAUCCCCUGUGUUUUUCCGGCCACCGACCGCCCCCCGAGGUGGGCUCGCCGCCUCGACCUCAUCGCAAACAAGGCAGCAGCCAAUGCAGCGAACCCCCAGGCUGCCCAGGAUGCCGACCCUGGGGUUAGCCAGGUCAUGGAGAGACUGCGCACUCUCGAGGGCCUCGUCAAGGAGCUGACCGGCCAGCUGGAGCAGGCACACGCCGCCGCCAACUCUGCGAGCGGUAGCAACGCUCCGUCUGAUUUCAGCCCUCUCGGGAACUUAGCGCACGGCCGUGACACAGAGAAACAGCCGGAUGUGCCUCUCCCCACGAGCACUGGAAAUGUGCAGACGCAGUUUGGGAGGCUGGUCCUCCACGAUGCCAACCGUAGCCGCUAUGUCAGCAGCGGUUUCUGGUCGCGCGUCAACGACGAGCUUAAUGGGCUAAAGAUGGACACCCGCUCUCUUGCCCUGGACGACUCGGAGAGCUCCGGGGAUGAAAUGUCGCCCGAGAAGACUCCAUCCACCCAAGAACUCGAACGCACGCCUUCAGAGCGCCAUGCAUUCUUGUUUCGCCAUAACUUGGGGCCCGCAGCCCCUAACCUCCGGGAGUUCCAUCCUCUACCCUCGCAGAUACCCUUUAUCAUAAAUGUCUUUGCGGAAAACGUGAAUAUCAUCCAGAUGGUGCACGUUCCGACCAUCACAAAGAUGGUCCGUGAUUUGCGCGUCGGCGACAUGGCAAGACUCACACCGGCCAACGAGGCUCUAUUGUUCUCAUUAUACUAUGCGGCCAUAACAUCCAUGGAGGAGGACGAUAUCGUGACCAACUUCGGCGCCACCAAAACCGAGCUCAAUCUCAAAUAUCGUCUCGGCCUGGAGCAUGCCCUUGCCAAGGCCGACUUUCUCAGCGUUCCUGACAUAGUUCUAGUGCAAGCAUUCGCCAUUUUCCUCCUCCUUGUUCGCCGCCACGACAGCCCGAGGUUCGUGUGGAUGAUGACGGGGCUGGUCAUCCGGAUGGCCCAGGCCCUAGGGCUACACCGCGACGGAGCCCAUUUCGAGACCUUGACCCCUUAUGAGGUUGAGAUACGGCGACGCGUUUGGUGGGGGUUGUGCGUGCUCGAUGUGAGAGCAUCAGAGGACCAGGGGAUGGAUCUCACCAUCACCACGGGCAGCUUCGACACCAAGCUUCCCCUGAACAUCAACGAUGCUGACAUUGAGCCCGGGUCAAAGGUGGUGCCUACAGAGCGGGAGGGCCUGACUGACAUGUCGUUUGCCCUCACCACGUUCGAGAUUUGCCAGGUCACGCGGCAGAUGAUGGCUCUCGCCGUCAAGGACGGGGCAGCGGGCCUGGACGAGCAAGAACGCCUGCUGAAAGAGAUUUACCAGAAGUUUGAACGGGGCUACUUCCAAUACUCGAGUCUCGAAUCAGGCAACAUCAUGUUAUGGGUCGGGGCCACCGCCACACGGCUCGUCAUAUCCAAGAUGACCCUCAUCGUCUACCUCCCAGUGCUCUUCUCUUCCCCGAGCGAGCACUUCUCGGACGACAUCAGGGACAAGCUGUUCGUCGCGGCGAUCGAGGUGGCCGAGUAUAACCACGCCCUGAACGCCGAGCAGGAAUGCCGCCACUGGCGCUGGCUCUACCAGACCUACACCCACUGGCACGCCAUCGUCUACCUCCUGAUCGAGAUCUCCCGACGUCCCUGGUCGCCCACCGUCGAGCGCGCCUGGGUUGCGCUCCACAGCCGCUGGCUGAUCCCUGCGCAGCUGAGCACAGACAAGAACCUUCGCACCUGGGUGCCUCUGCGCAAGCUGAUGGCCAAGGCCAGGAAGCAUCACGACGCGGAGCUCGAGCGCCUGCGGAGCGAUUCCCACGCCGCCGAGCGCCUGGAGGCGGAGGACCGCAAGAUGCCCCUGCCUGGGAGUCCCGGGCCGUUCCCCGCGGGAGCCAAUGUUGUUGAGUUGUUUCGGGAGCGGUGGCGCCAGCUUGUGGCGAUGCCCGAGCGACCUGGGGAUGGCGCACAGACGUCUGGGUAUCCAGGAGAAGGUGCAUCCACGGUGGAUUCUGUCUACACAAGCCAGUCUGAUAUGGGCUCUAUCCCAGGGUAUUCUACUGGCGGUGUGAGCUCUAGCGGGGCACUUCAAGCAGCCCAUCUUGGUGUUACUGGACAACAACCAGACCCGAAUCUGGUGAAUUCCACGUCGUCGCCGUGGGGACCAAAUAUCACUGCCACCGCUCCCGGCGAAGUGGCAUCGGGGCAGACGACUGUCGGACUACUAGAUUGGUCAGAUGGUCGGACCAUGGGUCCAGGCUUCGUCCCCUGGCUGUGGGCUGAUUCCGAUCCGUCCGCCGACGUUUUCGCCAAUGUCAACGUGGACGCACUCGAUUUGGACAUGGACUUGGAUGGCGAGGUGAACUGGCAUAACUGGGUUGAAUCUGCCAGGGGUAUGGAGUGGGAUGUUGGGCCAGGUGGCGGUGGGCAAGCCUAGAUGGGCAGCUGACGCCCCGAAGCCAGGCAGGAGAACAAAAAGCAGUCCGUGGAUCAUCACCGACGUCGAUCGUCAGACUACGUGAAGUCAGGGGCAUAGCCAAUGUAACCCCAGAUA